CGUUGGGAAUUUUCUCUUUUCGUAAACCCCCAUGUUAAAAGCUCGAGGUUGUCCAACAACUCCUUGUACACCAGCAUUUCGAAAGUCCCCCACUGUCUUGGAGCUUAGUACCACAAUGUUGUCUUCUUUGAUCUUCUUUCCUCUCCUCUACAUUCUGGCAUCAUUCUCUAUUACUGCAGAUGGGGAGCAACUAAUAGUGGUGAACAAUUGUAAUGAAAGCGUAUGGCCUGGAAUACUUGGCGGUGCAGGACAUGCCACCCCAGAAAGAGGUGGCUUCCACCUUGGCAGUGGUGAAGAAGUGGUCUUUGAUGUGCCGCAGAAGUGGUCAGGGAGGAUAUGGGGUAGGCAAGGUUGUUCCUUUAAUAAAAAUGGGAAAGGGUCGUGUGACACUGGUGACUGUGGUGGAUUGCUUCACUGCCAAGGCAUGGUUGGUGUGCCUCCAUUUACUGUGGUGGAAAUGACUCUUGGCUCAUCUUCUUCUCCGUUACAUUUCUAUGAUGUUAGUCUGGUUGAUGGCUUCAAUUUGCCAGUUUCAAUGAAACCCGUUGGUGGUGGAAUUGGGUGUGGAUCAGCCUCUUGUGAGGUUGAUUUGAACGUUUGCUGCCCAUCAGCAUUGGAGAUGAAGAGCAAAGGCAAGGUGGUGGGAUGCAAAAGCGCCUGCUUGGCAAUGCGUUCAGCUAAAUACUGCUGCACUGGAGAGUAUGGCAAUCCAAAAACAUGCAAACCUACACUAUUUGCUCACCUUUUCAAGGCCAUUUGCCCCAAGGCGUACAGCUACGCUUUUGAUGACUCUUCUAGCCUUAACAAAUGCAGAGCAUCACGAUAUGUCAUCACUUUCUGCCCUCCUAAGUAGAGAGUUGACAGCAGAAGUUGGGAUCAUGGCUUUAUUAGAAAGGAAAUCCUCCGUUUCUUCUUUCUAAAUAUAGACGGAAGGAUUAU